CCAGCUCCCUCUACCAUAGCUCAAUCCCUUCGCUUUCUACCAGCCUCCUCCUCCCUCGAACGUUGCCAGCAUGGAGCAGAUGAAGAAGAAGCUGGAGGGCAAGAUCGACUUCCAAGGUCAACGUCUAGCAGACAGGAUAGGCCAGGAAAUGAUAGUGAUGGGAGCACUCCUCUCUCUUCUGCUAGGAUUCGCCUUUGAUUCCUUGUCGGUCACAAUGUACCUCUAUGGCGUCAUUGUUCUCGUCGCAUGUGCUCUCGUCAUUCCCCCCUGGCCUUUCUACAAUCAACACAAGACACAAUGGCUGCCCAACAGACCUGAGAGCUCUCCAGAUGAGGUCACUGAUACCGAUGCGACUGGCAGCGCUGCAGUGAUAGAUGAAGGGGCUGAGGGCUCGAAGAAGAAGAAGGCCUAAUGGACGUGUACGAAUACUGAUACGAGUAGAUGGUAAUGCGAUUGUCACGAACUGGUCACGAAUCGGACAGGCUGUCAUAGCGAAAGCGAUGGUGCUCUGUAGCUUGGUCAGCGAGGUGAACGUUGCCUUCAUGGUCCACUAACGCUCGACGUCGAGGAGCGCCUUGUAGAAGCAGGACACUUCUGCCUUCGCUUGAGAGCGUCUUGGCUGCCGAGAUCAUACCUGAAUACCAUCAGGCUGCACUGAGAAAAUGGUUGUCUCAGAAGUAGGGCAAGGGCAAUGCGCUAGGGACACAAACAUACUACGAUGCUACUCUGACUUCACGGGCGCUGGUGCGCGGCAAAGACUCGUCCCAGGUCUCGACGCCUAUCGUUACAUUGAAAGGUUUUGGCCCCCUCGCGGUAUUUCAAAGCCUCCAAGGCAGCUUGCACGUCGUCCAGGGCUGGUAUCUUUGCCUGGUGA